CUUCUGCUAGACGGGGUUCCGGACAUGUGACUCUGAGAAACGAAAUGGAGAAGUACGAGCGGAUUCGAGUGGUGGGCAGAGGUGCCUUCGGGAUUGUGCACCUGUGCUUGCGAAAGGCUGAUCAGAAACUGGUGAUCAUCAAACAGAUCCCCGUGGAGCAGAUGACCAAGGAAGAGCGGCAGGCAGCCCAAAAUGAGUGCCAGGUCCUCAAGCUGCUUAACCACCCCAAUGUCAUAGAGUAUUAUGAGAACUUCCUGGAAGACAAGGCCCUCAUGAUUGCCAUGGAAUAUGCACCAGGGGGCACUCUAGCUGAGUUCAUCCAGAAGCGCUGUAAUUCCCUGCUAGAGGAAGAGACCAUCCUGCACUUCUUUGUGCAGAUCCUGCUUGCAUUGCAUCAUGUACACACCCAUCUCAUCCUGCACCGAGACCUCAAGACCCAAAACAUUCUUCUUGAUAAACACCGAAUGGUUGUCAAGAUCGGUGACUUUGGCAUUUCCAAGAUCCUUAGCAGCAAGAGCAAGGCCUAUACGGUGGUGGGUACUCCAUGCUACAUCUCCCCUGAACUGUGUGAGGGCAAGCCCUACAACCAGAAGAGUGACAUCUGGGCCCUGGGGUGUGUCCUCUACGAGCUCGCUAGCCUCAAAAGGGCCUUUGAGGCUGCAAACCUGCCAGCCUUGGUGCUGAAGAUUAUGAGCGGCACCUUUGCACCCAUCUCUGACCGGUACAGCCCUGAGCUGCGCCAGCUUGUCCUGAGUCUGCUCAGCCUGGAGCCCACACAGAGGCCACCGCUUAGUCACAUCAUGGCCCAGCCCCUCUGCAUCCGCGCCCUCCUCAACCUCCACACAGACUUGGGCAGCGUCCGCAUGCGAAGAGCAGAGAAGUCCCUGGCCACUGGGCCACCCAUAGUCCCCGGCAGCACAGGGAACAGGAUUACCAGUGGCCGCUGCAGGGGCAUCCCCCGGGGGCCCGUGCGGCCGGCCAUCCCACCUCCGCUGUCAUCGGUGUACACGUGGGGUGGUGGUCUCAGCACCCCGCUGCGGCUGCCCAUGCUCAACACUGAAGUGGUCCAGGUGGCAGCAGGGCGCACGCAGAAGGCCGGUGUCACAAGGUCUGGGCGCCUCAUCUUGUGGGAGGCCCCACCCCUAGGUGCAGGAGGUGGCACCCUCCUGCCGGGAGCUGUGGAACAGCAGCAGCCCCAGUUCGUGUCCCGUUUCCUGGAGGGCCAGUCGGGUGUGACCAUCAAACAUGUGGCCUGCGGGGACCUCUUCACAGCUUGCCUGACUGACAGAGGUAUCAUCAUGACUUUCGGCAGUGGCAGCAAUGGGUGCCUAGGCCAUGGUAGCCUCAAUGACAUCAGCCAGCCCACCAUUGUAGAAGCCCUGCUGGGCUAUGAGAUGGUACAGGUGGCCUGUGGGGCCUCUCAUGUGCUGGCCCUGUCUAAUGAGCGAGAACUGUUUGCCUGGGGCCGUGGCGAUGGUGGCCGGCUGGGACUGGGCACCCGGGAGUCCCACAGCUGUCCCCAGCAGGUAUCCAUGCCCUCAGGACAGGAAGCCCAGCGGGUUGUAUGUGGCAUUGACUCCUCCAUGAUCCUCACUGUGCCUGGCCAAGCCCUGGCCUGUGGGAGUAACAGGUUCAACAAGCUGGGCCUGGACCACCUCUCCCUGGGGGAGGAGCCUGUCCCCUUUCAGCAAGUAGAGGAGGCCCUGAGCUUCACACCUCUAGGUUCUGCACCCCUGGACCAGGAGCCUCUGCUCAGUGUGGACCUGGGUACCGCUCAUUCAGCUGCUGUGACUGCCUCUGGUGACUGCUACACUUUCGGCAGCAAUCAGCACGGACAGCUGGGCACCAGUGCUCGCCGGGUCAGCCGGGCACCUUGUCAAGUCCAGGGUCUUCAGGGCAUCAAGAUAGCGAUGGUCGCCUGUGGGGAUGCUUUCACUGUAGCCAUUGGGGCAGAAGGUGAGGUGUACUCUUGGGGCAAAGGGGCCCGAGGUCGACUAGGAAGGAGGGAUGAGGAUGCUGGGCUCCCUCGGCCAGUGCAGCUGGAUGAGACACACCCCUACACUGUGACGUCUGUGUCCUGUUGCCAUGGAAAUACUCUCCUGGCUGUUCGACCUGUCACAGAUGAGCCAGCCCCUCCAUGAGGCAUUGGGAUACUUCUGGACCACUCUGAUACUGCAUCUCUGAAUGUUCUUAAAAAGUGCAAGUGCUGCAGCUUAACUGUCCCCACCGGACCUCUGGAUUGUGUUAUUAGUGGGGUGUAAGAACCAGCAAAGCCCCUGUUCUGCUUUUGGCCCUGCAUAAACUUGGAUCUCCUCCAUCCCCUCCACACAGCUCUUUUCUCUCCCCACCCCACCUUCUCUUAAGUCAGUGUUUCCAGGGCCCAGCCGGGCUAUAGUUGGAAGCCAGACUUAGCUUUUGGAAGAAAGGUGAUCUUGAGAGCCUUGGAAGAAAAAGGCUGGAGGUGACUGGCAAUUCACAUACCCUGUCUCCUCCCCCCAGCCCAGUUAGAAAAUAAGCCUCUGGUGCCCACUGGUAGAGCCACUCAGUGCUGAGGAGCUGAGGCAAGCCAGGGCCUGCCUGGACUGGCCAUUCGGGCUAGCCUCUCUGCAUUGCCUGGGGCUGGGAGGUCAGAAGGAGCUGUCAUCCGCCCCCACACCUAUAUCCUGAAGCAAGGAUUUGCACAACCUCUGAGGCCUCCCUUUCCCUGAGGGAGUGCAUCAUAUUCUGCAACAUAUUUCAGCAGAGGGGAUCCCUGCUAAAGGAUGUCCCUCACCCCAAGUCCUUCCCAGCAAAGCAGGUAGGAGGAAAGUGUAGCUGGACCAAACCAGUUUCUCAGUCGACUGGGAAAGUAGCGCCAAUAAAAACAUCAGCUGCC